GAGACUAGGAAUGCAGUUAGUGAUCAAUAAUUCCAUGUGGUUCUUAUUAGGGUGUGGUAUCUGCUUGUCACUGCAACUGCACUUGCACUAUAAUUAUAUAGAUAGUUCUUGAGCAACAGACUCGAACUCAGAUUCAAAGAAACGAACACUGAAAGGAUGUCAGCCCCACCACCUUACGCGACUGACCAACCUCCUCAACAGGGAUACCCUCCUCCCCAGCAGGGCUACCCCGCACAACCAGCGGCAGCGUACCCCCCACAACAACAACCGGGAUAUCCCCCGCAGCAACAAGCAGCAUAUCCCCCGCAGCAGCAGGGGUAUGCUGAGCAACCUCCACCAGUGCAGCAACAGACUAUAAAUACUACUGUGGUGACAACACAGCCGCAGGUGGUGUCUCAGCCCCACUUUGGAGCCUAUCCCGUUGUGGUCACGCUGGCCAAUGGACAGCAGGUUCAGACACGACUGUCCUACAGGAGCGGUGUAAUGACUUGGCUGGUGUGUGCUGGUAUCUUCCUUGUACUGUGUUUUUUCACUGGAUUCCUUGGUGUCAUUGGAAUUGUGGCUUUCUGCAUUGAUGAUCUGAAGGAUGUCUACCAUCUUGACCCAGCAGGAAACGUUGUUGGCGUGUACAAGCGUAUAUGACCCCCAAGAACCCUGAACUAUGAAAUGUGACAGAAAAAUUAUUAUACAUGUAGUUAAAACUGACUCCUGCCAUUUAUACAAAUGUAAUAUAAUUUUAUUGUAAUGUUGACAUAAUUAUGGUUCAUAUAAAGAGUUUUUUGAAUUUUG